ACAGAUGAUCAGGGGUUUGGGGCUGGCAAUUCCCGAGGAGGUGACUAGGCCUGUGCAAGUGAGGAGCCAGGGGCCGCUGGGCUGUGCCGCUGGUGGACGUGCCUGUCCUUGUGGCUGUGUUGGCUCGGAGAUUUGUGUUGCUAUCUCUCUUGCUGGACUUGCUCGCUCGGCUGAUCUCUUUGAUGUCCACACUUAAACCGCGGCUUCAGUUUGUGUGUGUGUGUUGCAGUAGCUGGAAGGACGUUUGCUGCGUGGAGUGACUGAGUGAAACGAGGAACAAGAACAGGGGAAAGAGGCAGAACAAUCUGUCGAGGGAAGCGGAGAGGAUAGCUUGUGUCUCCGGGAGACCCAGAUGAACAUUGGGAACCCAGAUACGGGACGGGGAUUGAUUGCAGACAGUGUCAGUGCCCAGUGCUCUCUGAGGCUGCCCACUGGCCGGAAGAUGUUUGAAUGACAGAAGGCGGCCCUUGCUGACUGAAGAGGAGAUUUGCAAAAGCCGAUUGAACAAGACAGAGAGAGAGAGACACACACACACAGAGGGAGGAGAGAGAGCCCGGGGCCCGACUCCCUCCGGCAUGAGUACCGCUGUCAUGGUCUCCUGCCUUCCAUACACCGGCAGCUUCCGAGCAGAUGCUCCUCGGCCGCCGGUGCCAGGAGAGGAAGGGGAGAGAUGCCAACCGCCCCGCUCCCAGAGCAGCAGCAGCAGGAAAGCCAGCCUGAAGCCCAAAGCGGUGAGCGCAGCCCCGAGGAGGGAGGAGGCAGAGGCAGAAGGCAGCGCCUGCCUGGAGUCCCCGGUCAGCAGGUGGACCCGCUCCUUGCUGUCGCUGUUGGCAGACCAGGAUGGGGCGCAGCUCUUCCGCAGCUUCCUGGAGAGGGAGGCGGCGGUGGACACCUUGGAUUUCUGGUUCGCCUGCAAUGGCUUCAGGCAGAUGGAUCUGCGAGAGCCCAAAACGCUGAGGGUGGCCAAGGCGAUCCACAAGCGGUACGUGGAGCACAGUGCGGUUUCCCGGCACCUGAAACCAGCCACUAGGUCCUACAUCAAAGACACCAUCAAGAAGCAGCAGAUUGAUUCAGCAAUGUUCGACCAGGCCCAGACUGAGAUCCAGACCUUGAUGGAAGAAAAUUCUUACCAGAUGUUUCUGACAUCAGAUAUCUACCUUCAGUAUAUCAGGACCGGAGGAGAGAAUGCUUUGUUUGCCUCUAACACCGAACUGGGGAGUAUACAAGUGGUUUGUGCUUACUUGCCAACCCUGAAUGAAGAGGAGGAGUGGAUCUGCCCGGACCUCCGAGACAACAACUUGCCCUCUGGCGUGGUACUGAGCGGUAAAACUCUCCGGGCCAGCCCCUCAGUCAGGUGCACCGAUAACAACACUAGCAAGUAUUACGGAUCCUAUGGAAGAAAUGGCCCUGCCAACCUGUAUCAUAAUCAAACUGGCUGCAUCUUCGCUCCAGCUAGUAGUGCGAAUGACAGUGAAAUCUCCAGUGACGUCAUGACUGAUGACUCGGUGUCAAUGACAGACAGUAGUGUAGAUGGGAUCCCUCCAUAUCGGCAUAAGAAGCAACAACAGAGGGAAAUGCAACGCAGUGUCAAGGCAAACGGUCAGGUCUCACUACCUCAUUUUCCUAGAACCCAUCGCCUUCCGAAGGAGAUGACGCCUGUCGACCCAGCAGCCUUCGCCACUCAGCUCAUCUCUCGGCUGGAGAAGCUCAAGCGGGAGCGAGACACUAUGGACAGCUUGGAGGAGAGACUGCAGCAGAUCAAAGAGGAUGAAGGUGAAGAUGGGGACCUUCCCACAAUAACAGCACAGAUAGAGAUGGAAUCUACAGCCCCCCAGCAUCAGCUAUGUCCACUGGCUCUUCUGCCGUCUGGAAGCUGUGACGAUGACCCACAGACCAUCUUGGAUGACCACUUGUCACGAGUACUGAAAACCCCAGGCUGCCAAUCGCCAGGGGUGGGCCGAUACUCGCCUCCUUCCCAGACCCCAGACUGUCUCCGAGGGAUAAGGUUUCAAACUGGCGUGGGGACCCAGACAGCAGCUCUAGGUGUUUCCAAUAAAGGAUAUGUCUCCAAACAGGGCUCCAAGUACGUCCACCAUCAUUACAUUCACCAUCACACUGUUCCCAAGACAAAGGAACAGAUUGAAACGGAGGCUGCUCACAGAGUGCAGUGUCUCUGUCCAAACAGCACGGACCUUUGUUCCUACACCAAAUUUCGAAGUGUUCACCCCAAAGUUGAAAUGCCAGCACAUCAAGUGGAACAGUUUGCCUUGGGCAGUAGGAACAGUUCCCUGGCCAGGAGGAGCACACAAGUGAUGGACUGUGCUAGCCCAAUUCCCAGUGAGGGAGCUCUGCCUCUUUGCAGCCCUCAGCUCCCCUGUGAAGAGACAGAUCGGACACAGAAUGUGUGGCAAUGGAUGUUGGAGAGUGAGCGACAACCCAACAAACACAGGUCCCACAGCGUCCAAUGUAUGAAGAGAGGAAGUGUCACAGAAUGCCCAAGAGGAAAUACAACUGAGCGCAUCAACCGGCAGCAUGUUGGCAGUCCCCACCAGAGGGGCAUUGCUCAGCCAUCCCACCCCUUCAUUCAGGACCCUGCAAUGCCCCCUCUUCCACCACCAAACACACUCGCUCAGCUAGAAGAGGCACGUCGCAGGCUAGAAGAAGAGAAGAAAGUUUCCAAAACUCAGAAGCAAAGAAACUCAACAUCAAGUUUACAGCGAGACAGACCUCAUGGAACCCAACCCCAAGGAGUCACCCAGUCUCAGUCCAACACUGGUCUCCUCACUCCUGUGGAAGAGCACAAAGCAGCAAAGAAACAAGGGGCACCUGUGAACCUGGCUCCGUGCAGUGAGUUGGUGGUCACUUACUAUUUCUGCGGAGAGGACAUUCCAUACCGGAGGAUGAUGAAAGGUCACAGCUUGACCCUGGCUCACUUUAAGGAGCAGCUCAGUAAGAAAGGAAAUUACAGGUAUUAUUUCAAACGAGCCAGCAAUGAGUUUGACUGUGGGGCAGUUUUUGAAGAAGUUCAGAGUGACGAUAGCACACUGCCCAUGUAUGAGGGAAAGAUCUUGGGAAAAGUGGAACGAAUUGAUUGAUUAUUAAAAAGGAUUAAAGUCAACACACUUCUGGCAUUUUAAGAACAUUCAAAUUAUGAACAAUUACAGAAGGAUGAAAUAAGCUGUGAGGUACUGGAAUUCGGGCUUGAAGAAGCUGUGGUGAUGUUUGCCUUACAUAGGAUGUAAAGAUCAUAAAAAUAUUUAUAUAAAAAUACUGGGCUUCAUUGUAUAAGAAUGACCACUAUUGAUUAUUUACAGACAUCCAGGUAUUCAUGGAUAUCCUGUGGCUUCCUGAGGGACACGAUAUAUAUAUAAUAUAUAUAUAUGAACAGAUACUGUGUAUAGUCCCUGCUCAGUGACACAUCCUGCUAUUUAUUGAACUUGUAUCUCUAUGUAUUUGAGUUGUGGAAAAGCUAUACUUUUUCACUGGUACCCAGCAGCUGCUUCUCUUUGUGACAGUCCUUUCCCCUUCUGUGACGUUACUGACAGUCCCUCCCCUUUCCAGAAACACUAACGAUAAUAACAAUUGUCAUUCCCUAGUGUAUUUGAAGUGAAAUUGUGAAGCUGGCUGUGAAUUUUCUCUGAAACAAGUGAUGUCUUAAUGUAACACCGCUUUGUUUUUGUACCUGAACCAUCACCAAGUCUUAAUGGUCUGGCAGAAAAGGCAACCAAUUUUGCCUUUUCAAUCUUCCAUUUGGCAUUUACACAAAGCCUAGUGCCUUUCAAAUCCAGGAAAAUCCACAGAAAUCUUGCACCUUCAUGCCCAACACACCAUCCAUCCCUUUCCUGGUCCCACUCCAACACUUAAAAGUUACGACAUUGAUGUAGAUAUGGAUUGUAAUGUGAGUGUGCAGGUAUUGUAGAUUUGGCCAACUCAGAUGUGUCAUCAGUGGAGGACAAGUGUGGCAGCUGUCCAAUCCCAGGCCUGAUUCAAGCUCUGCUCCUUGCAGAGAGCUCCCUCCAAGCGAGACACUGUGCCAUAGGCAAUCAAUGCCUCACAACUAUAUGACAUCAAGAUUGGAGUUGAUUUUUGUUUUCUGUUCAACUUAAUGGGUUGAAAUUGUACUGCAUAACAUUGGCAAGUCAACCCAUUAAGAAUCAGAAGCUUAAUACAUAUAUGGACAUAGCAGCAAUGGACCUUUUCACUGGUGUAAAGGUCACUAUUCUCACAUAUGCAAUUUAAACUCCCAAUCUCCAAAGAGAAUUUUGAAAUAAAAUGAGCUGAAAAUGGGGUGGCAGAUGUAUUAAUUUAUCACCUGGAGAGAGAAAGAAGAGUUGUGUUGGGGAACAUGAUGCAUUAUCAAAACUGAGAAUUCAACACUCUGCCAAUUACCUGGAAGAUCAGUCCAACUUUCAGACACUGAACUGUAUAAUUCCACAAUAUUAUAUUUGUAUUUCAUGAUUUCAGCAAGGAUAUUUUCUCUCUCUGCUGUCAAUUGGACCUUAUUGUAGGAUUAAAUUAAUAAUUCGAAGGGAACAUUUAAUUUUACAUACUGAGGUAGAAAUUACUGCAUGUGCUGUUUUCUUGUAAACAGCUAACAUACAUGUCUUGUUAAGGGGCCAGACCCCAGCAUCAACACUUCCCAUCCAACGCACUAUUCACUAUCACUCUGACCUUUUGCUGCACUGCUUGACAUAACUUGUAUGAUAUCUGUGUAAAUAUUGUUAGAGUUUUACACACUACGACUAGUGUUUCUUGUUUAUCCAGUACAGUACCUGUGCCUGCAUGGUAUUAUUAAUACUGUGUGUCACCCUGCUUUGAGGGUCACAUCUCCCUUUGUUAAGAAGGGUUUAUGUAUAAAGAUAUUUUUAUGCAUUUUUGAGUGUUGCAACCAUGUUUUAUGCCAUUUUUGUCCUCCUUUCUGUAAAUUAUGCAUUGCAAAAGAGUUCGAUUUAAUCCUUGGUACAAUAAUGUAAUUAUUAAGAGA